CUUCACUGUACACGAUGAUUAGCUAAUAUGAUGUGUUUUUUUUUUCAAACCUAAUUCACCAUAUGUUUGUUGUUUUAGCUGCAGAGUCUGAAAUGUCAACUCCUAAGCAUAAGAAAAAGGUACACGAUGACGAUGGAGAGGAGGAGGAUGCGCAGGAGGAGCAGGUGCAGGUGGAAGAACAAGAACAACCAGUCAGUAAAAAGAAUAAAGAUAAAAAAGCAAAACACCCGUCGAAAUCAAUCAGAAGCAAAAAACCCAAAGAGAAGCAUAUAAAAGAACCUAAAGACACUACUGCUACUUCUACUGCUACUACUACUACUGCUACUACUACUACAGUGACAGCACAAAUUCAUGCUACUGACAGUCCUGAUGGAAUGCACACUGAUACCGGUACUACUACUACUGCUACUACUAAUACUACUACUAAUACUACUACUCCUGCUACUUCUGAUGUUAAAAAUACAGAUAAAUUGUUGAAAAAAUUAAAAUCUCCAAAACGAAUAAAAAUAUCGAGUAAAAAAUCCAAAACAACUGACGAUGAAAAUGACACGUCCACAAUGAAGAAAAAGAAAUUCACAGACAAACUAAAGGAUAAAAAUAAAAAUAAAACUAAUAAAUCUCAUGAGGAUGAUGAUAAUGAUGCAGUAUCAAGUGUACCAGUGAAAGAUAAUCAAAAUAAAAAAAUCCAUACAGCCGAAGAGCGUGACGUUGAAACAGACGAAAUGGAAGAAUUAGAAUUGGAAGAUGAAGAACCAGACUUAGAAGAUAAUAUCAAUCAAGUGCAACCAUUUGAUGAAAAAGCUAAUCAACACAGUGAAGAAGAUGAAGAAGAAGAAGAAGAUCAAGAAGAGAAAAUUGAACUCAUUGAAAUUUCAUCACAGAGUGCUGUACAAGUGAAUAGUGAGAUUCCAAAGCGUUUACCAACAGAUGUUAGUAGUCCGGAAUUGGCAGAAUCAGUCAAAAAAGAAACUACCGACUUGUUCUAUCGAUCGAUUCGUCAGUGGAUUGGUGAUGAUGACGAUGAUUUACCAUUUGAUUCUGGUGAAACUUUGAAAAUUUUAGAAAAAGAUGAUGAUGGUUGGUGGCUUGGUGAAAAUGUUCAAGGUAAACAAGGUCUAGUUCCGAUGAAUUUUCUAAAGAAAAUAGUCAUGCUUGAAUCGGAAUGGAAAGAUUUGAAACUGAAUUAUAUAAAACAGAAAACUAAUGAGACUAUUCCAGCAGAAGUUAGUCCACAAACAUAUAGUGAGGCUGAUGAAGAGGACGAGGAGCAGCAGGAGGAGGUGGCGAGGCAAGCGACAAAGCUGACCAAUGCGGUCAAUGAACAAAAAGUAAGUAGAGAAAGCACUAAAGUUCAGCUGAACGAAACUGCAAAAGAAAACUCUGUCGUGAAUCAGAUCCCCGGUCAUACUGAAGACAGUGCAGAGUAUGAUGAUAAAACAUGGGAAGAAGGUGAAGGCGAUGAAACUAGUGAAAAUUUCGAAAUUGAAGAACAACGAGAACAACAACAACACAAAGAUGAAGACGAUCUCAUUCAUAAAGAAGGCGAUGUCGGAGUGAUUGAAGAAAGUCGAGUUAGUGUUGUGCACAGUAGUAAUAUGACGUAUGCUGACAAAAUUUCUACAUCGAUUUCAUUUUUGGACACAGAAAAAUGGCCUUUCAAAGACGAGCCAGAUUACUCAAGUUGGUAUAUUAAGAAUAAUGAGAAAGCUCUGGAAGCUUAUCAACCUUUACCAAGCAGUGUUCGCUUAAGCUUUCUUUCAUCACCAGGCUUAGCAUCCUAUAACUAUCAAAAGUUUCUGUCGCCUAAACUUGGAAGUUCUCAUCUAAUUUUCACAGAUCUACUUUUAGACACUGAUCGUAAACAGAUAACACGACGUCAACCACGUUGGCAAAAGAUUAUGACAAUUCAAAAAAUUACUCAACUUUCAUUGCUGGAAGAAUCAAAUUUAUCUAUAUUGAACUGUUUAAUUCGUCUGUGUUUAUUCGAUGGCACCAAUCCUAUCAGUAAUAUAUAUUGUUUGCCGAUAAUACCGACUGAUCGUGAAAAGAAAACAUGGAUCGUUGCACCACAUAAUAUAAAAAAGCCUGAAAAAAUGUAUGAACUAUCCUCUGAUCUAUUUGUACGUUAUAAUGACCAAAAUAUGAAUAGUUGCAUUUUGUUAGAAAUUCAACUUAUUGUCAGUAAACAGAAUUCUAAUCAACCAAUUGAAUUAAGUCUGGGAUGGAUCACUAUUCCAUUAUAUGAUGAAAAUGGUCAAAUCAUAGCAAAUAAAACUUGUGACUACCGAUUACAAGAUAGUUUACCUUUUGAAAAUGGGAAAGGGAAUAAGACAGCGACUAAAGAUGUUAGUUUAAAAAGUCGUAUGCAAAAUUUACUUUUCAAUAAAGCAACUCAAGUAACGAUUCGAUUUAGUCAACCGAAUAAAGAACAGCAAGAUAAAUUAGACUCUUUGCCUGACAUUUUCGUUGGUCUAAUGGCGUAUACAUCAUUCUUCAGUUAUCAUCGUGAUUUCUUAGCUAAUAUAUUCCCUGGUUUUGGAAGAACUGACGAUAAAGAUCAAUUUGUUCUAAGGCAUGUUCAACCAGAAAUUGCAUUGUUUCCUGUUGUAGCUGAUUGUCCAUUGCUUAUUGAAUGUCUACGUGUAACGUGGCAAGAUCGUCUGAAAACUAUUCCAAACAACAAUAAGAAAGAUUCUCAAUACUUGAAGAAAUUAUAUUCCGAUCAUUUCAGAAGAGUGAUAUAUCCUCUCCUAUGGCUACAGGAGAUUCAAUUUCCUAAUGUGAUGAGUCCACAACAAUUCGAGAAUGAAACACCGAAAUUGCUCAAUCUUAUUGAACAAAUUCGACAAGAUUUUGUCAAAUUUAUUACAUCGACUAAAUAUAAAUUCAAGUUAUUUACAUCGAAAGAAUUCACUUGUCCAAUUCAAUUUACAAAUUGA